AUGAGAAAAGAUAUGUUGAGUCAAAUCAUUUAGUUAUAUGAUAAUGGCCAAAGAAAGAUAUUUCCAUAAACAUUGUCAUAGGAAAAAGAAUAAUUUAACCCUUUUUAAGAUGAUCACAUAUUAAAACAAGAAGAUGAUUGUACAAAAUCAUUUUACAUGUAUCCAAAACAAUUUUAAAAUGCUAGAAAAGAAAUUUUAAAGACAAUCUAACAACCAAGGAUUAAAUCCUAUUCUCUUGAUAAAACUGAGUAAUAAAUUUAAUCUUAGAGAGCAAUUUAUUCUUAAAAUAGAUAAAAUAGAAGGCCAUAACUUAAAUCUUAAAUGUAUUAAGUAAAUUCUAUUAACGAUUAAUAAAGUAAUGAUUUUUAAGCAUUCAAUGGGAUUCUAGCCAAAAAAAUAUAAAUUAUUCAUAAUAAUAAUAAUGAUAAAUCUAUUAAAGUAGAUUAAUCUAAUAAAAAAGACUCUCUCAUCUCUAAAAGUGCUAAAUUAGAUGAUAAUUUUGAGGAGCUAGUUAUUGAAGAUUAUUGCUUAGAAGGGGAUUUAUAAAUUAACUCUGAGUCAAAUAAUUCUAAUAGCAAUAUAAUUGAAUAAAAAUUAAGUGAGGACCACUAAUUAAAUAUUUUUGAAAACAUAUUAUUGAAGUAAAAGCUGCAGGAAAAUAAAAUAAGUAUUUAAAGUAUUGAUAACAGUCCUUUUAAUAAGGAUUACGGAUCUAUUGAUAAUUCUAAUUAGAAAGAAUAAUUUUCUAGUUACAGUUAAGCUUAUAAAAAAGAUCGUAUAGUACCUUAACAAGGAAAUAGCAAUUUUAAAUAAAUAAAAAGACUUAAUUCAAAAAGUCCCUCUCAAAAAUGUUUAUCAAAAGAGAAAAAAGAAUCUUAGUAAUUAAAAGAUUAUGUGAAAAAAGAUAAUAAAAUGGCACUAAAUUAAAAUGGAAAGUUUUUCAAUAAAAACAAAAAUGAAAUAUCUAAUCAAAGUUAAUGUUAAAAAAUAAUAUAAGAAAGCUAAAAACCAAUUAAUUACAUCGAAUAUGCUAUAAAUGAAAUGCAAAAAUAAUAAAUGGAAGUUAACUUAGAGCAAGCUACUUUUAUUCCAGUUUAAAUAUUUGAAAAACCUCAUCAAAGAAAACAAAAAACAAAAUCAGUAAAUAAAAAUGUGAUUAAUAAUGAAAAAGAGUUUUAAAUUAAGCAAGAUUAAUUUUCAGAAGACUUGAAUGAGUCUUUAUCAAAUGCAGGGAGUCGAUUGCUACCAAAAAAUAAUGAAAAUAAUCUCUCAAAAGACCAUUUCAGUUCAAAUGAAUUUCACACUAUUAGCAAAUCUUUACAAAGAAAUUCAACUGAGUAGUCUAUAUUAAGUUUAAAAAAUAAAUAGGCAUUGUUUAAAAAAUAUUUACCUAAAUUGCAAAAGUAGUAAUCUAAAUAUAAAUUUGUUAAAAUUGUAUAGAAAUCGUUUGGUGAUGAUUCACCUGAUGUCCAUUCAACGUCCAUUAACUCUGAAAGGCGUACUCCUAAUCACACUACAUUUCGUGAUUCUCCACCUUAACGUAAAAGAUUACCUCAAGAAAAAGAAAACAGUUAAAUUUUAAAAGCAUCUUCAUCGUUCUUUACUUUAAAUGAACACGCAAAAAGUCUGAAUAAAUUAAGCACAAUUUGCCUACAAAAAAAUUUAUUUUGUAAAACAGUAAAUGAUCAAUUAUAAUAAUUUGAAGAGGUCACAAACAGACUUCAAACUUAAAAUACAUUUCAAAAAGUAUAUCAAUUUGUGCAUAAUAAAAGAAUAGGAGUAAAUCAUUUAAUAGAGUUAACUCAUAUUUUGUAAAAGCAAAAGUGA